AUGGGUUUGGCAAAAUCGCGAUUCUCGAGGCAUACCGGGGGCAGACGGUGGCUUGGGGUCCUCGCCAAUCUUUAUUUCUUGGAAUCUUCUUUCCGUCUCACUUCUCUGCUCCUCUGUCAACUCGCCGCCGACCACCGUGACCUGAAGUUCGGCGUCUGGAGAUCCAUCGCCCUCGACUCAACAUCGCCCUCGCCCGCUCUCUUUAGUUGUUGUCAUCGCCUGAGUCGGGUUCGGCCAGAUAUCCACCGCCCGCGACAACCCGCUCCUCUUGCAGACCCCUAUCCAUUAUCCACUGCUCUCGACGUGGUGACGCUGCCGUCCUUCACCACCUUGCUUCAUCAACCACCUAAUCACCCGGAGACCGGGCUUGUCGACGAGCAAAACGCUGGCGGUUGCAUGCCCCUGCACCUGGAGAACGACAGGGGUCACACCAGAGGCAUCAAGGAGUUAAAAAGAAAAACUCAUGUGUGA